CGCCAUGAGCGCAGCCGGGCGGGCUCGGGCGCAGGAGCCGCCGUUGUCCCGGGGCGAGGCCGCGGACGGGGAGAUGCCGGCGACCGAGAAGGAGCUGGCGGAGGACGCGCCCUGGAAGCGCAUCCAGCAGAACACGUUCACGCGGUGGUGCAACGAGCACCUGAAGGCGGUGCAGAAGCGCGUGGGGAACCUGCAGACGGACCUGGGGGACGGGCUGCGCCUGAUCGCGCUGCUCGAGGUGCUCAGCCAGAAGAAGCUCGGCCGCCGCUACAACGCGCGCCCCACGUUCCGCCAGAUGCAGCUCGAGAACGUGUCCGUGGCGCUCGACUUCCUCGAGAGGGAGAACAUCAAGCUCGUGUCCAUCGACAGCAAAGCGAUCGUGGAUGGGAACCUGAAGCUGAUCCUGGGGCUGGUGUGGACGCUGAUCCUGCACUACUCCAUCUCCAUGCCCGUGUGGGACGAGGAGGACGAGGAGGAGGCCAAGCGGCAGACACCGAAGCAGCGGCUGCUGGGCUGGAUCCAGAACCGCCUCCCCCAGCUGCCCAUCACCAACUUCAGCCGCGACUGGCAGAGCGGGCGCGCGCUGGGAGCGCUGGUGGACAGCUGUGCCCCCGGGCUCUGCCCCGACUGGGACUCGUGGGACCCCAGCAAGCCGGUGGAGAACGCGCGCGAGGCCAUGCAGCAGGCGGACGAGUGGCUCGGCAUCCCCCAGGUGUGAUCACCACCCGAGGAGAUUGUGGACCCCAACGUGGACGAGCACUCGGUCAUGACCUACCUGUCCCAGUUCCCCAAGGCCAAGCUGAAGCCGGGGGCCCCCCUGCGCCCCAAACUCAACCCCAAGAAGGCGCGAGCCUACGGCCCUGGCAUCGAGCCCACUGGGAACGUGGUGAAGCAGCGAGCGGAGUUCACGGUGGAGACCAUCAGUGCCGGGCAGGGGGAGGUGCUCGUGUACGUGGAGGACCCGGCUGGGCACCGCGAGGAGGCUAAGGUUGUGGCCAACAACGACAAGAACCGGACCUUCUCCGUGUCGUACGUGCCCAAAGUGACCGGCAUUCACAAGGUGUCGGUGCUGUUCGCGGGGCAGAACAUCGCCAAGAGCCCCUUCGAGGUGCAGGUCGGGCGCGCCGCCGGCGACGCCUCGAGGGUCACAGCGCAGGGCCCCGGCCUCGAGCCCACCGGGAACGUGGUCAACCGGGGCACCCACUUCGACAUCUUCACUGCCGGCGCGGGCCCGGGCGAGCUCGAGGUCUCCAUCGCGGACCCGAGCGGCCGCCGGGGGGCGCUGGAGGCGCCGCUGGAGCCCCGCGGGGACGGCGCCUUCCGCUGCUCGUACCGCCCGGCCGAGGGCGCGCACAGCGUGCACGUGACCUACGGCGGAGUGCCCAUCCCCCGGAGCCCCUUCAGCGUCCACGUGGGGCAGGCCUGCACCCCCUCCCUGGUCCGUGCCGUGGGGCGGGGGCUGCAGCCCAAGGGGCUGCGCGUGAAGGAGCCGGCGGAGUUCAAGGUCUACACCAAGGGGGCCGGCAAUGGGGAGCUCAAGGUCACCGUCAAGGGGCCCAAGGGCCCUGAGCCCGUCAGGCAGAGGGAGCUCGGAGAUGGGGUCUUCGCCUGUGACUACGUCCCCACGGUGCCCGGGCCCCACACGGUGUCCGUGCUGUGGGGGGGGCAGCCCGUGCCCCGCAGCCCCUUCGAGGUGCAGGUGUCCCCCGAGGGGGGCCCCCCCCGGGUGCGCGCGUGGGGCCCGGGGCUGGAGGGCGGCGCCGUGGGGAGCGCGGCCGAGUUCGUGGUGGAGGCCAUCGGGGAUGACGUCGGCACCCUCGGUUUCUCGGUGGAGGGCCCCUCGCAGGCCAAGAUCGAGUGCGACGACCGCGGCGACGGCUCCUGCGACGUGCGGUACUGGCCGCAGGAGCCGGGCGCCUACGCCGUGCACGUGCUCUGCGACGGCGACGACAUCGCCGGCAGCCCCUUCAUGGCCGACAUCCGCCCCGCGUCCCGCGACUGCUGCCCCGAGAAGGUCAAGGCCCAUGGACCGGGGCUGGAGAAGACCGGGGUGGCCGUGAACAAAGCAGCUGAGUUCACCGUGGAUGCCAAGAACGGGGGCAAGGGAGCCCUCAAAGUGCAGAUGCAGGACGCGGAGGGGAACCCCGUGGACGUCUCAGUCAAGGACAACGGCAAUGGCACCUUCAGCUGCUCCUACGUGCCCAAGCGGCCGCUCAAGCAUACGGCAAUGGUGUCCUGGGGGGGCGUCAGCAUCCCCCAGAGUCCCUUCAGGGUGGGGGUCGGGGCCGGCAGCCACCCACACAAGGUGAAGGUCUAUGGGCCCGGCGUGGCCAAGACAGGGCUCAAGGCACAUGAGCCCACCUACUUCACCGUGGACUGCAGCGAGGCCGGGCAGGGCGAUGUGAGCAUCGGGAUCAAGUGUGCGCCGGGCGUUGUGGGCCCGGCCGAGGCCGACGUCGACUUCGACAUCAUCCGCAACGACAACGACACCUUCACGGUGCGCUACCCCCGCGGCGCCGGCGCGUACACCAUCAUGGUGCUCUUCGGAGACCAGGCCACCCCCAGCAGCCCCAUCCGGAUCAAGGUGGAUCCCUCGCACGACGCCAGCAAAGUGAAGGCGGAGGGGCCCGGCCUGAGCCGCUCCGGGGUGGAGCUGGGGAAGCCGACGCAGUUCACGGUGAACGCCAAGGGCGGGGGGCGCGGGGCCCUCGAGGUGCAGGUGACGGGAACGGGCAAGGGGGACGCCGUGAAGGACCUGGAGCUCAUCGACAACCUCGACGGGACCCACACGGUCAAGUACACCCGGUGCAGCAGACACCCCCAAACCACCCCGGUGCAGCAGCCUCCCCUUGUCCUCCCCCAGGGUAACUUGGGGGUCGCAGUGACCUAUGGGGGCGACCCCAUCCCCAAGAGCCCCUUCACCGUGGGGGUGGUCCCAGGCGUGGACCUGAGCAAGAUCAAGGUCUCAGGCCUGGAUGAGACACCGGAAGUGGGCCGGGAGCAGGAGGUUCUCGUGCAGUGGCGCGGGGCCGGCGGCGGCGGCCGCGUGGGGGCGCGCUUGAGCGGCCCUCCCGAGGGGGCGCCCUGCGCCGUGGAGCCCGGCCCGGACGGCGCCAGCCUCGUGCGCUUCGUCCCGCGGCACGAGGGCGCCCACGAGCUCGAGCUCACGUGAGGCGCCGCCGUCCCCGGGAGCCCCUUCCCCAUCCGGGCAGUGCCCGCGGCACCGGACCCCAGCAAGGUGCGCGCCUUCGGGCCAGGGCUACAGGGGGGGCUGCCGGGGGUCCCAGCGCCCUUCACCAUCGACACCAAAGGCGCCGGCACCGGGGGCCUGGGGCUGACGGUGGAGGGGCCCUGCGAAGCCAAGAUCGAGUGCGUGGACAACGGCGACGGGACCUGCUCCGUGUCCUACCUGCCCACCGAGCCCGGCGACUACAACAUCAACAUCCUCUUCGCCGGCGCCCACGUGCCAGGGUCCCCGUUCCGCGCCCCGGUGCGAGCCCCCUUCGACGCCUCCAAGGUGACGUGCUCGGGCCCGGGGCUGGAGGGGGCCACGGCCGGGCAGGCCGGGCACUUCCGAGUGGACUGCAGCCGCGCCGGCAGCGCCGAGCUCACCAUCGGCAUCGCCUCGGAGGCGGGCGCCCGCGCCGAGGUGCGCGUGGAGGACAACGGCGACGGCACCUACACCAUCGCCUACACCCCACUGAGCCCCGGCGUCUACACCAUCACCGUGGAGUACGGCGGGCAGCCCGUGCCGCACUUCCCCAGCAAGGUCCGCGUGGAGCCCGCCGUGGACACGGCCGUCAAGGUCUAUGGGCCCGGAGUGGAGGGAGAAGGCGUGUUCCGGGAGGCGGUGACCGAGUUCGAUGUGGACGCCCGGGCGCUCACCAAGGUGGGGGGGCCCCACGUGAAGACGCGGGUGUGCAACCCCUCCGGGAACGUCACCGAGACCUUCGUGGAGGACCGGGGCGACGGCACCUACCACGUGGAGUACACCCCCUAUGAGGAAGGCCUGCACACGGUGGACGUGAGCUACGCCGGGAGCCCGGUGCACAGCCCCUUCCGCGUCCCCGUCACCGAGGGCUGUGAUCCCGCGCGCGUCCGCGUCCAUGGGCCCGGCCUGCAGAGUGGCACCACCAACCAGCCCAACCGCUUCACCGUGGAGACCCGGGGGGCUGGCACGGGGGGGCUGGGCCUGGCCGUGGAGGGCCCCUCGGAGGCCAAGAUGUCGUGCACGGACAACAAGGACGGGAGCUGCUCCGUCGAGUACAUCCCCUACGAGCCAGGCACCUACAGCCUCAACGUCACCUACGGCGGCCACCAGGUCCCCGGGAGCCCAUUCAAGGUGCCGGUGACGGACGUGGUGGACGCAGCCAAGGUGAAAUGUGUGGGGCCGGGGCUGACGCUGGGUGCUGUCAGGGCCAACGUGCCCCAGAGCUUCACUGUGGACACCAGCAAGGCCGGGGUGGCCCCCCUGGAUGUGAAGGUGCAGGGACCCAAAGGUGUAGUGGAGCCAGUGGAGGUGGCAGACAACGGGGACGGGACCCAGCGCGUGAGCUACGUCCCGAGCCGCGAGGGGCCCUACAGCAUCUCCGUGCGCUACGGCGACGAGGAGGUGCCCCGCAGCCCGUUCAAGGUGAAGGCGCUGCCCACCCAUGACGCCAGCAAGGUGAAGGCGAGCGGCCCGGGGCUCAACACCACGGGCGUCCCGGCCAGCCUGCCCGUGGAGUUCACCAUCGACGCCAAGGACGCGGGCGAGGGGCUCCUGGCCGUGCAGAUCACUGAUCCCGAGGGGAAGCCCAAGAAGGCGUCGAUCCGGGACAACCAGGACGGGACGUACACGGUGUCCUACGUGCCGGACAUGACCGGGCGCUACACCAUCCUCAUCAAGUACGGGGGGGACGAGAUCCCCUACUCCCCGUACCGCAUCCGCGCCGUGCCCGCCGGCGACGCCAGCAAGUGCACCGUCACCGUCUCCAUCGGAGGUCACGGCUUAGGGGCCGGUCUGGGCCCCACAAUCCAGCUGGGGGAGGAGACGGUGAUCACGGUGGACGCGAAGGCGGCGGGCAAGGGGAAGGUGACGUGCAGCGUCUGCACCCCCGACGGCUCCGAGGCCGACGUGGACGUGGUGGAGAACGCGGACGGGACCUUCGACAUCUUCUACACCGCGCCACAGCCCGGCAAGUACGUGAUCUGUGUGCGCUUCGGCGGCGAGCACAUCCCCAACAGCCCCUUCCAGGUCAUGGCGACAGAGCGGGCGCUGCUAGGGGUGAACGGGCUGGACAUGGCCGGGCUGCGCCCCUUCGACCUCGUCAUCCCCUUCACCAUCAAGAAGGGCGAGAUCACUGGGGAGGUGCGGAUGCCCUCGGGCAAGGUGGCCAAGCCAGACAUCACCGACAACAAGGACGGGACGGUGACGGUUCGGUUCGCGCCCAGCGAGGCCGGGCUGCACGAGAUGGACAUCCGCUACGAGAGCAUGCACAUCCCAGGCAGCCCCCUUCAGUUCUAUGUGGACUACGUGAACAGCGGCCACGUCACCGCCUACGGCCCUGGCCUCAUCCACGGCACCGUGAACAAACCAGCCUCCUUCACCGUCAACACCAAGGACGCCGGCGAGGGAGGGCUGUCGCUGGCCGUGGAGGGGCCCUCCAAGGCGGAGCUGAGCUGCACGGACAACCAGGACGGGACGUGCAGCGUCUCCUACCUGCCCGUGCUGCCCGGGGACUACAGCAUCGUGGUCAAGUACAACGAGAAGCACAUCCCCGGGAGCCCCUUCACCGCCCGCAUCACCGGUGACGACAGCCUGCGCCUGUCCCACCUCAAGGUGGGCGCCUCAGCCGACAUCCCCCUGGACCUGGGUGAGACCGACCUGAGCCAGCUCACGGCGGCCGUCACCGCGCCCUCGGGCCGCAAGGAGCCCUGCCAGCUCAAGCGCCUGCGCAACGGGCACAUCGGGAUCUCCUUCGUGCCGCAGGAGGUGGGGGAGCACCUGGUGCACGUGCUGCGGGGGGGGCAGCCUCUGCCGCGCAGCCCCAUCGCCGUCACCAUCAGCCAGGCAGAGCUGGGCGACGCCGCCCGCGUGCGUGUGGCAGGGCCGGGCCUGCGCGAGGGCCGCACCUUCGAGCCCACCCACUUCACCAUCGACACCCGCGAUGCCGGGUAUGGGGGGCUGAGCCUGUCCAUCGAGGGCCCCAGCAAGGUGGACAUCACCACGGAGGAGCUGGAGGACGGGACGUGCCGUGUCUCCUACUGCCCCACGGAGCCCGGCAACUACAUCAUCUCGCUCAAGUUCGGCGACCAGCACGUGCCCGGGAGCCCGUUCUCAGUGAAGGUGACAGGCGAGGGCCGGAUGAAGGAGAGCAUCACGCGCCGGCGCCGUGCCCCCCCCGAGGCCACCGUGGGCUCUGCCUGCGACCUCAGCCUCAAGGUGCCCGAGCUGAGCGAGCACGAGGUGACGGCGCUGGUCACGGGCCCCUCGGGGCAGGCGGUGGCGGCGCAGGCGCUGGAGGGCGAGGGCGGCGCCUACAGCAUCCGGUUCGUGCCGGCCGAGACCGGGGUGCACUCGGUCAGCGUGAAGGACCGGGGCCAGCACGUGCCGGGCAGCCCCUUCCAGUUCACCGUGGGGCCGCUGGGUGAAGGCGGCGCGCACAAGGUCCGAGCGGGGGGACCCGGCCUAGAGCGCGCCGAGGCAGGGGUGCCAGCCGAGUUCAGCAUCUGGACGCGGGAGGCGGGCGCCGGGGGCCUCUCCAUCGCCGUGGAGGGCCCGAGCAAGGCCGAGAUCGCCUUCGAGGACCGCAAGGACGGCUCCUGCGGCGUCUCCUACGUGGUGCAGGAGCCGGGUGACUACGAGGUGUCGGUGAAGUUCAACGAGGAGCACAUCCCCGAGAGCCCGUUCGUGGUGGCGGCGGCGGCGCCCUGCGAUGCUGCUCGGCGCCUCACUGUUUCUAGCCUUCAGGAAUCAGGGCUCAAGGUUCACCAACCCGCGUCCUUCGCCGUGAGCCUCAAUGGGGCCAAGGGCGCGCUGGACGCCAAAGUGCACAGCCCCUCGGGGGCGCUGGAGGAGUGCCACAUCACCGAGGUCACCGAAGACAAGUACGCCGUGCGCUUCAUCCCGCGGGAGAACGGGGUCUAUUCCAUCGACGUCAAGUUCGAGGGCUCGCACAUCCCCGGGAGCCCCUUCAAGGUGCGCGUGGGGGAGCCGGGCCAGGCCGGGGACCCGGGGCUCGUGUCCGCCUACGGCCCGGGCCUGGAGGGCGGCACCACAGGCUCCCCGGCAGAGUUCGUGGUGAACACGUGCAAGGCGGGCCCGGGGGCUCUGGCCGUCACCAUCGAGGGCCCGUCCAAGGUGAAGAUGGAGUGCAGGGAGUGCGCCGAGGGCUACCGCGUGUGCUACACCCCCAUGGCCCCCGGCAGCUACCUCAUCUCCAUCAAGUUCGGGGGCCCCCACCACAUCGUGGGCAGCCCCUUCAAGGCCAAGAUCACUGGCCCGCGCCUCGUGAGCAGCCACAGCCUCCGCGAGAGCUCCUCGGUGCUGGUGGACACCGGCGGGGGGGCCGCAGCCGCAGCAGCCGUGGGGGGGGCCCCCCCCGGAGCUGCCCCCCCGGGCUCGGACGCCGGGCGCGUGGUGGCCAAAGGGCUGGGGCUCAGCAAAGCCUUCGUGGGGCAGAAGAACAGCUUCAGCCUGGACUGCAGCCGCGCCGGGAACAACAUGCUGCUGGUGGGGGUGCAGGGCCCGCGCUGCCCCUGCGAGGAGAUCGUGGUGAAGCACCUGGGGAACCAGCUCUACAACGUCAGCUACGUCCUGCGGGAGCGCGGCGACCACCUCCUGGUCAUCAAGUGGGGCGAGCACCACGUCCCCAACAGCCCCUUCCGCGUCACCGUGCCCUAGGGGGGGCCCGCGCCCCCCCACGGCCACCCCCACACCCG